AUGUCGCGGAGCUCGCAGGGCGGGCGGUCCGGCAGGUCCCCGCUGCCCCGCGGGGCCAGCCCCGGCUCCGCCGCCGCCCCGCUGCCGCCGCCCCCGCUGCCCCUGCAACCCCCCUUCGGCCCCGGCGGGGCCAGCCCGGGCCCCAGCGGGCCGACAGAGCUCAAGCCGGUUCGGCGGUUCAUUCCGGACUCGUGGAAGAACUUCUUCAAAGGGAGACGCCACCGCGGUUCCAGCUGGGAUAGCACGGCCUCCGACAUCAGGUACAUUUCGGACGGGGUCGAGUGCUCGCCGCCUGCCUCUCCCGCCCCGCUGCAGCCGGGGUCCAGCGCGGUGCCUGGCUCCUACACGGACCCAUUCGGGGGGUCGGGCGGGAGCUACAACUCUCGGAAGGAGGCCGAGGCCAUGCUGCCCUCUGGAGACCCCGUGGGCUCGCUGCAGCGCCGCGCCGGCUCUGGGCAGACGUACAGCGAGCGGGUGGAGGAGUACCACCAGCGGUACGCCUACAUGAAGUCCUGGGCAGGGCUGCUCAGAAUCCUCGGCGUGGCCGAGCUGCUGCUGGGUGCCGCCGUCUUCGCCUGUGUCACCGCCUACGUACACAAGGACAACGAGUGGUACAACAUGUUCGGGUACUCGCAGCCCUACGGAUACGGGGCGGGCAGCGCCUAUGGGGGAUACUCCUACAGCGGGCCCAAAACGCCUUUCAUCCUGGUGGUGGCGGGAAUGGCGUGGAUUGUCACCAUAGUGCUGCUCGUGCUGGGCAUGUCCAUGUACUACCGAACUAUCCUCCUCGAUUCCAACUGGUGGCCUCUGACUGAGUUUGGGAUCAAUGUGGCCUUGUUCUUCCUGUACAUGUCGGCUGCCAUCGUGUACGUAAACGAUACCAACCGAGGUGGGCUCUGCUAUUACCAGUUGUUUAAGACUCCGAUAAAUGCGGCUUUUUGCCGUGUGGAGGGCGGUCAGACUGCAGCAAUCAUCUUCCUAUUUGUCACGGUGAUCAUCUAUCUAAUUAGUGCAAUGGUUUCCCUCAAGUUGUGGAGGCACGAAGGGGCCAGGAGGCACAGGGAAUUAAUGGAACAGGAGAUGAAAACACAAUCCUCUUUUCCAGAAAAGAAGUAUGAAGGUGAUGACAGACCAAGAGAAGAAGUCAGUUACAGGCAGCUCAAAUCACUGGAAAGAAAACCAGAGCUACUUAAUGGUCAUAUACCUGCAGGCCACAUUCCUAAACCUAUAGUGAUGCCAGACUACUUAGCGAAAUAUCCUGUAAUUCAAACAAAUGAAAUGAGAGACCGCUACAAAGCGGUAUUCAAUGAUCAGUUUGCUGAGUAUAAAGAACUGUCUAUGGAAGUUCAUGCUGUUUUAAAAAAGUUUGAUGAGCUGGAUGCAUUGCUGAAACAGCUUCCACACCAUCCUGAAAGCAUAUAUGAGCAGGAAAGGAUAUCAAAAGUUCUGCAGGAAUACAAGAAGAAGAAAAACGAUCCUGCAUUUCUGGAGAAAAAGGAACGUUGUGAAUAUUUGAAGAAUAAGCUUUCUCAUAUAAAACAACGAAUUCAGGACUAUGAUAAAGUUAUGAAUUGGAAUGUAGAAACCUAGCAAUGCCUUCACUUCAUGGAUACUAUUUUCUGGUUUUAAAAUAGAUACGUGUAUUUUAACCUAUUUAUUUACCCUUUGGACAGUACACUUAUGGGGAUUACUUAAUCACUGUCAUGUAUUUGGAUGUUGUACAUUACUGAUAGGUUUUGUAUACAGAUCCAGUUGUAAUUGAAGUUAUGAGAUAAGUUAGGAAACCUCUGCUAACAUUCUGCUUUCAUUAGUGCAAAUCUUGGCCUCUUAAAUAUGAGUACUUAAUUUGAAAAUACUUCAUUUGCAAACUUGCAAAGCCUACCAUCGAAAGCAGUUUCCAAAUACCUUGUGGAAAGUUUGCACAGGAAUGCUGUUAACAAUUUUGGAUUUUAUUUAUAUGUGAUAUCUUAAUGAUAUGAGAAAGAUCUGAGCUAUUCUUUCUGUGUGGGGUUUGAUGCACUGCCUAAUUGUAUUGAAUAAUUUGGGCAAUUCAGAAGCUAGUUAAUGAAGAAUUUUUGUAUUGUAUUUCCAAAUGCUGUACAUGAUACCAGAAACCAUCCUGAAUUUUGCCUAUCAAGAGAGAAAAAUAGUUUCUUGUUUAAGCAGUUGGGAGAGGGGGACUUGGGUUUGGUUUUCGUAUUGCCCUCUUCAGAGAUGAUGCAACAAAUCUAUACUUGGCCUUAAAGGAGCAGAGGUACAAGAGGAGAUACACUAAUGUUCCACUAGUGUUGCUGUAGGUCAAUGUGCUGUGCCUACCUUCUGGAUCAUGCUAUUAGGGAUACAUGUGUUUAAGGGCUUCACUCUUCAUCAGCAGGUAACAGGACUUUUUGUCUAUGUUACUGAACUUGGCUUUCAGAGAGUAAGAACAGCAAAAUGAAUUCUCAUUCAAAGUAUAAGUUGUUAGUAUCCUUUUUAAGGCCAGGUAAAAUGUAUCGAAAGACAUACUUUCCAGAGCAUAUUUGCAUAAAUUCUAUAUAUAUUUUUAUAUCUUCUUGGGGAUAUUAUGGUGGGCAUAGGUUUGUAUGUGCAAGUAUUUUCAUAAGCCAGUGAAUUUUCUCUUUGUAUCUUUUUUCAUAUCUUCACUUAUUAACUGUUUUUUAAUUACUAGAAUUGUUAGAAGCAUUGAUAGUUUUUGUACAGUUUUCUACUACUGCAGUGUGUCUGUUUUGAAAUACGUUUUUUAAUAUAAAAAAACCCCACCAGUGCAGCCAUAUUACUCUCUUGCUUAUAAAGACAUUUUGUUUGCAAAAGGUGCUCUUACAGUUACUGCAAAUUUUUAUUAGUGAUUUGUUUUUUUCUUUGAAAUAAGGUUUUAAACUUUUGCGUUAAAUUAAAGGAAUAGCAUCAGGAAAGCCAUUUCCAGUUUAGUGUGGUCAUGGUAGUGCUACCUCUGCUCUUUACUGCUGGAAAUGUGUUAACAUACCUCACUCUGACCAUUUGUAGCCUUUCUGGUUUUUCAGCCCUUAUCAAUCACACUGCAAUCCUGAUGGCCAUGCACCUACCUUCAUAUUUGUAAAAUUGACAUUAUCAGCCACUUAAUUCCAAGAGCUUCUGUGGAUGAACUAAAUAGCACGAGAUGCCAUGGGAACACUAAGAGAUUUGGAAAAUUUGGCACCACUUCAUUUCAAAGCCUUCAGUCUCAUCUACCUUGGAAGGUGCCUCGGUAUUUUCAUCAUUCUGAGAACAAGUGACAGCCUUGUGCUAUGCCUUGUUCUCUCUCUUUUCAGUGCCUUUCUCUCUGGCUCUGGUUUGUAUUCGUUUCAAAGGAGAAACCUCUCUUCCUUUUAAAGGAGGUAGGCCAAUUUUUUAUACUUGUGCUGAAUGCUUGUUAAAUUGUUCUUUGUAAGAGAAGUACUUGUCCAAAUCUCCACAAUCUAAAUAAAUGACCUCUCAUUGUAUGUUGCGCGUGCCAUGGUCAGAAUGCUGCGACUUUCCUGGAGAAACAUCCUCGGAAGAAUGUCCCAGAAGCACAGGCACUUCUGCUGCCUGCUGAGUGAUUUCAAGCUCUUUAGUGAAAUCAGCUGUUCAGGGCAACGCUGAAGGAAGUGACACAGCCUUCGUAUGGAGAUCUGCAGGAGCCUUUAUUCAGCUUCUUUGGAGGAGUCUUCAGUGACAAAGUGCCAAAGGGCUAGGAAAAACAGAGUUGUAUAGGGAAGGCAAAUGUACGCCCAGGUUUCUCAUUUUUUUUUGCUCAGAGUUCUGGGCAUUAUGUCAAUAACAGAAGAUUAGUGCAAGUUUGAGGAUCAACUGGUGUUGAUAAAGUGCUAACAAUAAUAUGACAGAUGUUUUCUUUGGAGGAUUCACAGACUGCACAUUUAAUAGGUCUUUAUGUAGGAGAGUGAGACCCAGUUCCAGGCUCUUUUUAACAGUGGUCUGAGUUUCAGUCUUUGAGAAACUGGCUCCAGGUCCUGCAGACUGUAUCUGCAUAGCCGGUGGAGAGCCAUCGUACUGCUUCUUUCCUGCAAAGUUUCCAACAAAUGGAUUGGGAUAAGGGAACACCAUACCUGCACUUGGAACAAGGAGAUUAAAUGGAAACACCUGUAUGUGGAUUCCUGUGUUUCCUGGCAAGAUGUCACAGGUGUGGCCAAGUAGAUUUUCCAAAUGUUGCGAAGGGAAGCUGGGCGAGAAGUAUUCCCUUCUGCCUGCCUUUUGGAUUCCAGACAGGACUAGUGUAGGGCAAGACAGAAGUGAGCUACCAUCCUAAGGUACGUAGGCCAUCCUAAGGCUGCAGCAAUGUGCUGCAACCAUUACAGUAAAUUACUUGCUCAGUCCUGUAUCUGUUACAGGCCUCAGGGCUUCUCAAGCACUUCUGGUGUGUACAGUCUAUGCAGUUUUGCUCUAACCUACGAAUGGACAGCUGAAAAGGGUCUUGUCUACAAUGCUACACACAUGCGAGAGAAAAACUGUUAGUCUAAGAUAAGUCUAAUAUGUUCAUCUCUCAGAGAAACUGAGCUUAAUGAAAUAAGAAUUAAUGGCUGGAAGCUGAAGCAAUUUGGAGCAAGGCAGAAAGGAGGAGGAAAGUGAUGGGAGAAUCCUCAGUAUGAGUUACCAUAAGAAAUAUCAAGAAAGGGGCCUCUUCAUAUUUUGAAGAACAGAAGGCAUAAUCCAGACAAAAUUGAAGUUUUUAGAUGAUGAUCACCUUAAUCUCUCUGCAGUCCCUCUAAGCUCAGCUCUGAAUCUGCACUUUUGCAUGUAUGUGUAAACAAUGUGCUGUGUGGUUUUACCCAUGUGACUGGGUUUUUGCAGAAGAUAGUUAACACGUAAAUGAAUCACCAGGGAAUAUUGCCUUACAUCAGUGGGCUUGCCUUUAAUUACAGCCUGUCCUCAAACCCUGAUUGUAUACAAGAAGUUUUAUCCUUCAGUCUUCCUCUUGGAAAACACUUGCCUGGCUCCACAGAUCUACAAACCGAGAUGCUCAAGAUUCUUAGCGUUUUUACAAAUAGAGUUUCCAAACUGGGUAUGUCUUUUUGUCAUUUUAAGCAUUUGGGUAUCCUAGAUUAAAACAACUGUGGCAAGAUUGGCAUACUUUUUACUAAACUGUACUUUUUUUUCAGGCCAGAUAAAACAGUGACUAACAAAUGUACCCAAAAUUUCAUCUUGCACAAUAACCUGACCAGCUUUCAUGACAGCAUAUUGACUACAAAUGCUCAUGGCAAUGAAAAACCUAAUUGCUUUGAAAUUGUAAAAGAAGGUAUCCAGUAUGUUAUUUAUUAAUUUCAAAAUCCCGGUGGGAUUUCAAGCACUUGUACAAGCAAGUUUUCCAGAAUUACUGUAUCUCCUGUGUUCCAGUUCAGCACUGAAAUUCUUGGUCAUGAGAAUAAAAAAUAUUCCUGUUCU